AUGUACAACUGCCUGAUGAAAGCGAGUCAUCUCAUAUGGAAUACUCAAUUCGGAGAAGCAAAAGAGUAUAUUACUCCGCUGAUUCAUAUUCCGAGAAUGGCCUAUGAAUUAGCAACCAUGGAUAUUAUUGCUUCCAAUCUGUCGGGAGAAACAUCGGUGCGUGAAAAUAGUCUGAAGGGAAUUGAAGUUGCCGAGAAUGCUCUCAAGCAGGUGGGUCACAGUACCGAAGAAAUAUUGAAAAUUGUGGCUGAAUACAAACAAUUAAAUUCAGAAAUUGAGAAUGAAAAGUAUUACUCGAUUUCAGAAAUGUCUCAUUCCAAUUUUAUGGAACUAGAUCAAAUGGGAAAAGAACAAAUUUUAUUCAAUUUUGAAUUGGAUCAUAUGGUUUUGGAUGCAGAGACACACAUGAUGAGAGGAAUUAUUCAAUUUUAUAGCGGCUCCUAUUUGAAAGGGUUUUAUAAUUUAAGAAGGUCGUAUUUGAGGUUUAAAGAAGUUUAUAAUAUUGUCGAGCAAUUCAAGGACGAGACAACUCAUUCUCCAAAAUUUAUUCAUAGCGAUGUUAUUCAUAACGCAUAUUUUGGUAUUGGCAUUUUCAAUUUCAUGCUCUCUAUAUUACCUCCGACUCUUACACAAAUACUGAGCCUUAUUGGAUUUGAUGCUGACCGAGAUCAUGGGCUGAACUUAUUGAGAAAGGUGCACGAGUAUGGAGGAAGACAAUGCGCAUUUGCGUCAUUUAUGCUUGCUAUGAAUUAUUUAUUUAUUCCAAGAGCAUUAGAGGAUCGUGAAAAGAAAUUAUUAGAAGGAGGACUUAUAUUAGACCGAUCAAACAAAGUGUUUACAAAGAGUGGGCUAUUCAAGUUUAUGACCUCACAUUAUGAGCGCAAGAGAGGAAAUAUAUCUUCUGCAGUUGAAAAUUUAAAAGAUGCUAUUGAUAUUUGUCAGAAAUCGAUGGGAAUAGCUCCAAAUAUUUUACGCCAUGAACUGAGUUGGUGCUACCUAUUGACGUUAAAUUUCCAAGAUGCGAGUGUUGUGUUAGAGGAAAUUUUAAACACAGACAAAGAGUUUGAUACAAAAGGAAUCAGUGCAAUGAUGUUGGCUGUUUGCAGGAUUAAAACAGGAGACAAAGAAGGAACGAAUAGCAUUAUCAACAAUUUUUCAAAAUAUAUUUCCAAGACAGGAAGACUUGACAAGUAUGCCCUAGAGAAGAGUGAAAUAUUGAAACAUUUACCAACUGAAAACGAGCGCCAUUUGAUGAUGUUUAUUUCAGUAUUCCAAUUUCUAUAUUUAAAGCGUGAUUUAGCCAACCUUUCAGAACAGUAUGCCGAACCACUCUACCGCUUGUUCGUCGAUAUCUGUGACCAAGUUAAAAUAGAUGACAAGAGCAAAUUAGCAGGUGAUAUUGAAGCUGGGUUGUUAGUGGUGAAAGGACAAUUUUUAAAACAAAUGAACAAGUACGAGGAAAGUAUUGAACAAUUCAAAAGGGCACUAUUAUUUGAGCACAAGAUCAGAUACGAGAAACAAUGGAUAGCAUUUCCUUAUUAUGAAGUUGGAGAAUUAAUCUAUCUUUAUCAAGUACCGCAAGCUGCCAAUGAUCACACAAAGCUCGAGCUAUUGCAAUGUGUGAAGCAAUAUUUUGAAAAGUGUAAUAAUUACCACAGAUAUUCAUUUGAAGAAGUUCUCCAUUCACGUGUGAAGUUAGCACUGCGUCAAGUGGAGUCGGAUCUGAAAAAUGUAAAAAACAAGAUGAAUCUUUAA